UUGCCUUAAACUGUCGGGAAGCCAUUCUGGGGAAAACAGAGGGCUGAUAGAUACUACAGAUGGCCACCUGAUGAAGAUGGAUGCAGCUAAAAGCAGCCAUUUCUCGAAGAAAUUAAUUGUGAAAAACAGAAGAAGUGAUGCCAAGCUCCCCACAUAAAGUAGAUCUGAAUGCUAAGGAGAUGGAUGGAGAGAUGGAGAAACAGAACGAGGCAGACAAAGAAGAGAGUGAUGCUGUGGAUGUUUUUUUUGCACAGCAUGCAGAGACAGCAAUCAGCCACCAGAGGGCAGCAGAAAAACAUAGAUACAACACAUUAGGUUAUCAGAAAAAGAAGCAGAAGCUGCCUGCAGACUUUUCUACAGUGAGUAAGGGAACAUCCAGCAACAUCAAAUCUAGAGCAGCACUUAUGCAGCUGUUCAGUCAGGGCUCUGAAAAGACUUCCGCUCAGGAGGAGAGAGGGGUUGCUGGUGCUCUGGAACAGGUGGAGGCACUAAAACAAACUCUGAAGUCAUUCCCUGUGCCUGCUGAGCUCAGCUGGAAGUGGGGAGAAGGAGACAAAGCUGACAUCCUGGAGAAGAGCUGGACAGACAUAGUACACUCCCAUGAGUCAAUGUCAAAAACCCAGAGGCACCAGCAGGAGGCACUAUGGGAACUCAUCCACACUGAGUUCAUUUAUAUCAACAAGCUCACCAUCGUCAAUGAUCUUGUUCUGGCUGCGCUGAAAUAUGUUCAUCAAUAUGGGUUCCUCCUUGAGGUUACACCAACUCAGCUCUUCUCUAACCUUCCCAACAUCCUCAAUGCCCAUAAGCUCUUCUGGCAAGAAGUGAUGUACCCCAUGUUAAAGAACGUCCGACUAACUGGACAGCCGUUUGACCCUUUGCAACUCGAACCAGGAUGUCUGCAGUUUGCAGAGCGGUUCCCUGACUAUGUGGAAUACUGCUUGGAAGAGGAGAGAAAUGUGGAAUUCACACGCAGACAACUGGAAACAAACUCACACUUCCAUGCUUAUCUGAUGUGGGUGGAGACUCAUCCACAGUGCAUGCGAAUGCGACUGGGUGACAUGCAAGCAAAGCCCCACCAGAGGAUUACAAAGUAUCCCCUGCUUCUGAAGGCAAUUCUGAAGACCACACAGGACCCCCACACACAGCAUGCACUCCGUUGCAUGCUGGCCGGUGUUGGUGAGUUUCUGGACAGCAUCAAUGACCACCUGCAAUUUAAGGAUGAUGAGUUGGCUCUCUCUGUCCACUCCCAAAAAAUAGAGGGAUAUGAGGUGCAGGGGUUUAAUGAAGAAAUAGAUAAGUACAUACAGGAGUUCUGUCACUUUAAUUUAAAGAGCCCUAUUCGUGGUAUAGGACCCAAAGUCAUACGCAAGCUUCUGCUUGAAGAGACCCUGAAGGUCAAGGGCAGAAAGGACAGCAAGCUAGAGGUGGUGGUCCUGCUUUUCACUGAUGUUCUACUGCUGACCAAAACCCAGAAGAAAUCAGAGAAGCAUAAGGUAGUGCGUCCACCACUGUCCCUGGAGAGAAUACGCUGUGCUGAGCUCAAGGACGGCUACUCUUUUGUGUUGGUGGAGGUCAGUGACCUUGGCUGUGCCAUUAGCGUGUACAGUGUCUCUGCCCCCAGCACAGAGAGCUGCACAGCAUGGGUCUCUGCUAUACAUCAAGCCCAGGAAGCCUUGGAGACCUUAAGGAAAGCCCAAAACCAAAGCAAACCAAAGAUGCCCAGUGAUCAAGUUGAAUUAGAGGAGUCAGAAACACUUCCUUUUCCAAGCACACAGUCCACCGAGGACAGAAAGGAACAACCAGAGGCUCAGGCAGAAUUUACCAAUGAUUCCUCUCAGAUUGCUCCUGGUCUGAAGUUAACAGCUAACCAUUUAGAGAGCAGAGAAGAUCCACAAGUAGGGAGUAAAGUGCAAAAUUCCCACAGCCAAGCAGCACGUGCAAGUUCUACGAGUAAACAAAUGCAAAACAGAGACAAAGAAUUUACUGAUGAACAAACACAGGAUUCUGAAGAAAAACAGAGGAGUGAAAGUAGACAUCAGGAGGUGGAUGAUGUUCUGUCCAGUGUGAUAAAUGAAAGACGAGUUACUUGGAGUCACAUAACCACGAAGUCCAGUGACACUUCAAAUGAAGGCUUAAAAACCAACAAAUCAAAUGAUCCACAUCCUUUGUUAGUAGGUGGAUUAAUGGAAAAUACUACACCUAGCCAGAUAUCAUCAAGCAAGACUGUAUUGCAAAGUGGACAUAAGCCUGCUGAACCUGCCAUCAACAACGCAAAGCACAGGGCAUUCACUUCAGUGGAGAGAGCAAAGCAACAAAAUUUGAAUGACCAGUCACAGGAGUCAGACUCUUGUCAAGAAUCUCUGCAGUCAGGUGAAGAAGGGGAGGUUCUCUCAGAGUCAUCAAGGUUCUCCCGAAAAUUAAAGUCUCCAAGGUUGCGGAGGAAGCGCCCAAUGAAUUCUCAGUCCUAUGCCCCAACUCAAGGCUCAAGGAGAAUGUCAGAUGGGGCCGAAUCAGUAAGGUUGCUAUGUGACAGAAAUUCCCCCUCAAACUCAGAUUCUGAUGGUAACAAUAGCCUUCGCAGGCCCUCCAACUCCUCUUCCGAACCCCAGGAUGCCCACCUGGUGCUCAAGCUGGCCUCCCUGAAGCGGAUAUCACUAGACCUGCAUGCUUUCUCUGAGCCAGAGCUGUUUAAUAAAAUGCCUCAGAACUCUCUAAAAAUACCCCAAAUGAAAAGUCAGAGGAGUGCUUCCACACCUGAUGUCUACUUAAACACCCAAAGCUUCCCACUAUGCAUUCCAAACAGGCUCUGCCCUUCACCCCCUCCAGGGCUUGACCCUCAGCUACAUCCCUCCCCACUCCAGGGCCUACUGGACAGGGCCAAAGAAAGAGAUAGGGAGCGUGGGUUGGCAAAAAGAGAUGGAAAGCCAACAGAGAAGAAUGUGAAUACUCUACAGAACCGAAUCUAUAUCUCCAACUCUCCAUCAUCAUCACACAAUGAAGGAGAGCGAGAGACAGCGGGAGAAGAGCAAGAUCUGUUCAGACAACAAGGGAAGCCUUACUUGCAAAUAGAAUGCAGCGUGGACGGCCCUGAGAACGAGAGAAGAUACAGCCCUGUGACUCCUCUCCGUGUGAGUGUGGACUGGCCAGGCUGGUGCUUUGAUGAUGAGGAAUUGCGUGAAUUCUGGAAGCCUUAUGAUGGAACAAUAGACUGGUGGGACCAUGCCGUGACAACAGAAGAACUCCAGCAAACUCUAAGGCACGAGGAUGGAGAGUACAGUGAGGUCUAGAGCCCUGAGUAGUUGUUGUAUAUACACUGAAAGGGCUGUAGCAAAGUGUAGAGUGUAGUAAUGCUCUUGGUAGUUUAGAACAGUGGUUCCUCAGGUUUUAGGUUUGCAGUCUCUCCUGUCUGGACUCACAGCUGAAACACGCUACAGUGACCUUUGUCACAGUCUUCCACAUAGUGAUAGGUCUACUUUACACACUUUUUAACCAUAAAAGGUAAUGGAUUCUGCUGCAAAGCUAAACUGUGCUGCACACUGCCAUCAGCUGUGCCAACUGAAGACUAUUUUUGCUGCAGUUCCCCUCUACAGUGACUCUCUGCUUUAUAACGACAACAUGAUAUCGAAAGGUGUGGGAGAUUGUAUGGAAAUGUUGUUCUCAAAAAUAUGUUUUUUCUAAAAUAUGGGCAUAUGUUUUUUCUGAUCCUGCAACCCCUUUAAGUGUUUAUAACACUCUAGUCACACUUUGUUCCCUUAUAUGUAGAUGAUUGUUAUAUGAUAUGUACAGAUGAGCGUGGUAUAAUGUGUAAAUAUGUAGAUGUGUAGAUGACACAAUGUGUAGAGUGUACCUAGAGUUAUGAAGUGUGAAUGAAGCAUGUACAACAUGUUGGAACCAGUCUUGUAGCCACCUUACUUUAAACUCAGAAACAAGUAUUUCUAAUAUAUUUUGCAUGUCUUAUAUAAACACUACUGUUCAAAAGUUUGGAGUCAUUGCUCAAAAGUCGUUGUUUUCAUUAAUGUAAACUAUUUGAUUUCAGAUGUAUAAAAUGAAUUUACUAUG